UCUGCUGACAGGCUGCCUCUCCUCUCCGACAGCAGGCAGCCAGACGUCAGCACGUCUUUAUUCCACUAGUCGAGAGUUAAAGUAAUGAAAGAGGAACAUAAUCUCCCUUCAUGCCUACUUUCAACAAAAAAGAAGUUAUGGAUAUUUGCGACGGGAAGAAGAGGAAACAGGUAAGCGGCAGGCUGCGGGGCUGCAGGCGGAGCGUGGCCGUCAAGAUGAAGCGGGAGGUGGGCAAAGUGCUCCGCUCCCUCACGGUGGAGGACAAUAACAACCGCAUGGAGGAGGAGGAGGAGGAGGAGGAGGAAGAGGAGGAGGGCUGCUUCACCAUCAGCUUCAUCCGGAACGAGCGCCUGGAGCCGGCCGUGGCCGUGGCCGUGGCGCCCCGGUACAACCUGCUGCGGGAGGUGGGCCGGGGCAGCUACGGGGUGGUGUUCGAGGCUAUAGCACGCAAAACAGGCGCCAGGGUGGCGGUGAAGAGGCUCCAGUGCGACGCGCCGGAGAACGUGGAGCUGGCUCUGGCCGAGUUCUGGGCCCUGACGAGCCUGGAGAACCGGCACCAGAACGUGGUCCAACUGGAGGAGUGCGUCCUGCAGAGGAACGGGCUGGCGCAGAAGAUGAGCCACGGAAACAAGCUCUCAAAACAGUACCUGCGCCUGGUGGAGACCUCGCUCAAAGGAGAGCGUAUCCUGGGUUACCCCGAGGAGCCCUGCUACCUCUGGUUCGUCAUGGAGUUCUGUGAAGGCGGAGACCUCAACCAGUACAUCUUGUCCCGCCGGCCCGACCCCCACACCAACAGGAGCUUCAUGCGCCAGUUAACGAGCGCCGUGGCGUUCCUCCACAAGAACAAUAUCGUCCAUCGGGAUCUGAAGCCGGACAACAUCCUCAUCUCGCAGAAAUCCGGCUCUCCUGUUCUCAAAGUGGCCGACUUCGGCCUCAGCAAGGUUUGCGCCGGCCUUCACUCCAAGAACAGCGAGGAACUCCCCGCGGCAGCCGGCAAAGGCAUCAACCAGAACAACAUCGUCAACAUCAACAAGUUCUGGUUGUCGUCGGCGUGCGGCUCGGACUUCUACAUGGCCCCCGAGGUGUGGGAGGGCCACUACACGGCCAAAGCGGACAUCUUCGCCCUGGGCAUCAUCAUCUGGGCCAUGGUCGAGAGGAUAACCUUCAUCGACGCGGAGUCCAAGCGCGAGCUGCUGGGCACCUACAUCCGGCAGGGAACCGAGAUCGUCCCGGUCGGCGAGGCUCUGCUGGAGAACCCCAAGAUGGUUCUCCACAUCCCCCAGAAGGCUCGCAGCUCCAUGUCGGAGGGAGUGAAGAAGCUCCUCCAGGACAUGCUAGCAGUCAACCCUCAGGACCGGCCGGACGCCUUCCAGCUGGAGGUGCGGAUGGACCAAGUCACGUGUGCUGCGUGACACCAACCAACCCCCCAAAACCCCGACCAGUCAAAGAAGGGACCGCUUUCUUCCCAGCUUUGUUUACUACGAGGACGAGGACUCCAGUGGAAAAAGGGACUCUGACUAACUGAACUAUGAAGAAUCCACAGUCGUACUCUGAGCGGGAAGUGAUGGACUGGCUAAUGAUUCCAAACCUCUGGGACAGGAGCAGCAUGCUAACAAGACCACAGGAGUGCUCUUCUUCCAGCACCGACCAACCAGCUACAAUCACUGUUGCCAUGGAGACGAGGACGUUGAACUGGUGGAUGGCGUCUCCAUGUGACAACCAGGGUUCUGACAUUAGUUGUCUCCUAUUUGUUAAUUAGAGUUCCCAACAGCCCCAGUAGAGGCCUGCUCUUCAAAAACAUUAGUUUUCUACUUGGCUGUGGCACAGGUGACAGACUGGACUCUACCAGUAUCUUAAGGUCAAAGCAUCAUUUUGCUGAAAUGGUUUUGUGAAUAAUUAUGAAUAAUUACAGAUGACACUACUAGUUUGUCUGUCCAGUAAAACCUCGUGCCUUAAAGAUGAUUCACACCAAGUGCGAUUGGAUGAAAUAAAAUUAUUUCACGAGUUACGGUGGAAAGUUGCACACCACGACAGAAGCGUCACCAGGCUCACGCACGUUUCUGUCUGCAAAAAUGACCAAUGAAUUAUUUUGCUUUCAAUGAUGUCACACUUCUUUACCAACUACCCUGGCUGCAAUAAUGUCAAGUCAGAAUGUGAUCCAUCGGUGGCCCAACAAUACUCAAAAACUCAAAGGGGCGGCCAUGAUUCUGAAGCUGAACUAAACUACAAUGAAGAUAUUAUCAUCUAAUAAUUACCAUCAGUGUCACGUGUGUGCUUGUUUAAAGUGGGUUUACAAACCUGUGACACACUCCAGACGCUGCCGCAGAACAAAUGUGAUUUUUUUUUUAUGUUGUUCUGAUGAUAUUCAAUAGAAUUCACAUGUUAGAAGUAGCAGGCCUGUAUCAACUCCAUACAAUACUGUGCUAUUGCAACCAAACAAUGUCCAGCUGGAAAUUCAUAUUGGUUUUAAGUGGGCAUUAGUUCCUGUUGAAUCCAAAGAGCACCUGUUGGAAAAUGUGUGUAUAUCUGUUUAUCAUCACUGCAAAACUUAGUAUGAACAUAUUUACUAAAUUAACAUAUGACCAAGGAACAAUCAUGAUGGUUUGGUGAGCCAAUGGCUCUUUUGGUAACUUUGUACUGAAUGUUUUUCAUUGAGGUUAAGUGUGGCAUUUUAGGAGUGGAAUUCAUCUUUCAAUGUAGUUCAAGGUAGCAAGUCAAUGGCUAAUCUUGUCACAUGAAACAGAAUCAGACGUGUUCUGGUUCCUGUUUGUGUUAACCAACCACAAUUGAGCAGACUUUGGUUAAGAUCAUCUGACGACAACUUAACUUUAUAUUUUUUAAGAACUCGUCAUGUCAAUCACAAGUCAUCUCUCAACUCCAGAUCCAUUCUUGAGUCUUAAUUUGCUAAUCAGAGUAUAAAACAAUAACUGGCACAUAGAACAGGAAGUCUUGGCCCCGGAUAUCCGCCGGCUACACCAGAACUCCAGAAAUAUUGAGAGGGGUUGCCUUUCAAAAUAAAAGCGAGCAUACCGGAAGCACAUAUUUUUCGUUCCCCGUGUUUCUUUCUUGGGUCUUUAUUUUAUGUAUACAUUGUGAAAAUGUUUGUGUAUUGAUGUGUUCAAUUAAAAAAAGAUGUUUAUAUAUUUAUUUCCAGUUCAACUGGAUAAGGUGAAAAAAAUGCAAGAAAAUAUCAGGAUAAAAACCAAACAAAAUAUUUUGUUGGUUUUAUACAACGUAUACAUUUUAUACAGUCUAUGCACUUCACA